GCUUUCUUUGGGCGAGGAAGAACAAGGGGUUAGUGUAGUAUUGUUGCUCCCAAACAGGCCUGGCAGCAGCAGGAGUAGUUAAACAAGCUGAGAGCCGCGCUUCGUUUCGUUCCCGUUGUUUCCCGGUGAAGGAGACAGCUUACGGUACCGUCAGGAACAUCGCCGCGACGUGCUCGGAGCUCGGCAGGGAACAAUGCCAGGCAAAGCCGCGGUGACAGCGGCGCUUAAGUCCAGUGCUAACGCCGUUACAGCGACCCCGCAGAAGUCCUUCCCUUUUGUUUUAAAGAAGAUCAUGGACAUUCCUCCUCCUAACAUACUGGAGGAAGGCGACGACGACAUAGAGAAAGAGAAGCUGUGCUCAUCAGAGGAUGUGGAGGGAGGCGAGGCUGGAGCAGCCAGUGCUGGUGGAGGUUCGAGAGGAGGAGGAGGAGGCGGCGGCGGCGGUGGUGGUGGAGGGGUAUCAGCCUCCUUGACCCCAGCCAUUUGGGAGAAGACCAUUCCCUAUGAUGGGGAGACCUUCCACUUGGAGUACAUGGACCUGGAUGAGUUCCUCCUAGAGAACGGGAUCCCUGUUAGUCUGGAGGAGGAGGAGCUGCAGAAGAGCCUGACCUCAGCGCUAGGCAAAGGCAGAUCCAUCCCCAAGGUUACUGCCACAGCUACUACUACUACACUCGCAGCAGCUGCAGUCUCCGACUCAGUAUCUUCCCCCUCUGUCUCCGCCACCUCUACAGUCCCGUCAGAUCCAGAGGAAACAGUCACAGUCACUACGUUACAAAUAGCUAAACUAGAGGAGGAAGAAGAAGAAGAAGAGGAGGAAGAACAACAAGAAGAGGAAUCUUUGUCUGAGGAGGUGACAACAGAACUGGAAGUGAAAGAGAAGAAAACCGAUCGUAAUCCUGCAGAACGUAACACACCUUCCCCCAUCGACCCAGAUGCCAUUGAGGUGGACGUUAAUUUCCAGCCGGAUCCCACAGACCUGGUCCUGUCCAGUGUGCCGGGGGGAGAGCUGUUCAACCCGCGCAAACACAAGUUCUCGGAGGAGGAGCUGAAACCACAGCCUAUGAUCAAGAAGGCCAAGAAAGUGUUUGUUCCUGAUGAAAAGAAGGAUGAGAAAUACUGGUCCCGGAGAAAGAAGAACAAUGUAGCUGCAAAGCGUUCUCGUGACGCACGGCGGCUGAAGGAGAACCAGAUCACGGUGCGCGCCUCCUUCCUGGAGCGGGAAAACACGGCACUGCGGCAGCAAGUGGCCGAGAUGCGGAAGGACUGUGGUCGCUGCAAGAACAUCCUGGCCCGGUAUGAGGCUAAGUACGGCCCACUGUAAAGAAUUCAAUAAAACCCACAAAGUCAAGAAUCAAUGAGACAAAAAGACAGAACUCCCUUUCCCGCAGAAUUCAACUCCGACACAAACACCAAGCGAAUCUAAAUUUGCACUGUUGUCUUUGCUGACCUGCAGUCCCUGUGUCGAGCUCCAGUUGCUGUUUCUGACUAGAGUUUUAGAUACACACUGGCAGGUAGUGAGGUGUGAUUGGAGUGGUGGUCACAGGAAGGCCUGUGGAGAGCGCCUGGCUCCUACACUCCCAAGAGGAAGGGGGACGAUUGUGGAUACUCCCAUGGUCAAACACACGUGGACAAUAUGGUAAUGUCUCAAGGUGGCUUCAGAAAGUCAGGAAUUAUGAAAAGAGCAGACGGGUACAAAAAGAAUCAUAGGCAUUUUCAAUACUACGCAAAUCAGUUUGAUUCUCUGCACAGCACUUCUUAGUGGACCAAAGCAUGAGAAGUGUCGGUUAGAAUUUGUUUUUAGAAUGGUGCACUCUUGCCGUCCCUCACAUUUUCCUUGUAUUGCACUUAUGUUUGUGUCUAUACUCUUUUAAAAUCCUCUGGCUGAGGCUCAGAGGGAGUACGUUGAUUAACUCAUGGCAGCGUAGGAGAGGAACAGAUGAAUCCAUGGAAAAAGGAGAAUGAGACAGAUUCACAGUGAUACUUCCAGGCUGAAGAGAAUAAAGCAAAGACCUCAGGUCAGCAGAGGAGAAAAGAGAGUCCGUUGAGUGGUGUUAUUCAGUCACAGUUCUUCCUUGCGCUGUAUGUGUGUGUGUGUGUGUGUGUGUGUGUGUAUAUAUAUAUAUAUAUAUAUAUAUAUAUAUGUAUAUAUAUAUAUAUAUAUAUAUAUAUAUAUAUAUAUAUGCACCACAUAGAUAUGUGCUUGUGUGUUGUGUUUGCACUUUUUCUUAAAAAAACAUGCAGGUGUCUAUCUAAUUUGCCACAACCACCAUGGGAGACCCAGUAUUUUGUGAGGGAGGAAAAAACAUGCAUGACCUAAAGUUUAAAGCUACUAGUUUCCUUUUCCACCAAGCUCAGAUCAGCUUCCAGAGCCUCACAUGACAUUUAGUUAAAGAAGACAUAUUGUGAGGUUUCCUUUAAAAGACGAUGAUUUUACAAAUGGAUAGAGAGAGUAGCUCUAUCUGUAGGUUACCAUUGAAUGCAUAUGUCUGAUGAUCUCCGGGGGCCCUCACUGGUGGAGGGGUAUGUUCACAUGUAGGGAAGUUUAUUUUACUGCACACGGCAGGUAGAGGGCGCCAGAGCCACUGCCUGCCUGGUCAUGGUGUAGUGAUGGCUGGAUUGAGUUUGAAAAAAUUUUAAGCAGGCCCAAAGUUGACUGCUUCUAAACUUUGUAAAUACAUGAUUGUCUCAUGGUCUUUAUUUCCAAGAUGGGGAUAUUCUGACUGUGUCUUUAUUAGCCCAGUACUAUUCCUUACAUUUGCCAAAUAGUCAAUGAGUGCUGUAUUUAUUCUGAUGGUAAUAAUGCAUCUGUUGAUUGUGACGUAUAACAAUAUGUCAGAUAACUCUAUUUCCUUUGAGGAACAAAACUUCUAAUGAAACCAAUGCAGGGAAUUCAAUGGUUAAACUGUGCUUUUGGAUGUUUGUUUUAAAAACAGAUUUAUAUAGUUUUAUGGUGUUUCCUCUAUAUACAUACAGUAUGUGUCUGAACACAAAGGACAGUGCACACUCCUAUUUACCUCAUCCAACACUUCCUAUUUUGAAUGGUUGAAGGUUUAGUAGGGCUACGAAGUGGUGUUGGUUGAAGCAGAGAGCACACAAAAAGCAGCUUAGUUCCAUUUUGCAAAACCUUAAAUCCGAGUUGAUAAAUUGAGUUCUUUUUGCCAAAGUGGCUGAGUCUGUGUCUAAAAUGAGUAAAAACAUUACAGACUGUUAUAGGACUCUACAUCUCAAGUGUCUUUGGCCGAUGCAGAUCGGUCAACUUGUGCUCAUUAUUGCCGUAAUCUUGGAAAGAAAAUAACUGUGGCAAUAAUACUGUUAUGUAAUGCUUGUUUUAUUUCUGUAAUGAUGUUGUAUGUAAAAUUGCUAUGAUGUACUAAAUAGAAUUGCCCCAAAGUCAUUUGUGCUUCCAGUUUAGAUCCUCCGUAGUCUAGGAUCCUAAUGCAUGAAACCCAGUUUACUUGUCUUUUUUUUUUUCUUUGAAUAUUUUACACCAAGUGUACUUAAUGUCUGUAAACCAUCACUGAAAACAAGCUAUGUUUUUGGAUGGGUAGGUCUCUUGUACAGUCCUGUCACAAGAACAAGUAGAGCAUCUUUGCUGUGAGGCCCUGUGUUUAUGACUUGCAUAAUAGCGCCACCUAUCCUUGUGCAGCCAGUGCUUGACCUUGGGGCGAACAUCAGCUGAAAACAGCAUCUUUUGAUCACUGUAUGGAUUGUUUUAUAUUUACUAAAGGUUGAUCUAUAUCUAGAUACACUGGAUCAGUUGGUGAUUUUGUGUUUUCUUGAUAGAUUCUGUGUUUGUUUUUGUUUCCUGAUGGUGUAGUAUAACAGACAUUUCUUAGCAAUGCGUUAGCAAUGUUUUUAUUUUGCACUGACAUUCAAACUUUGCAUUGACUGCAUUAUGCUGUUUAUACAUCAAUGUAGUUGAUGAAUACAACCUUUAGUUCUCAACUAAAUUAAAAAUGUUCUGCAUAAGGCAGAUGAAAGGUACUGGCCAAGAGAGCAGUUCCGAAGACGACAAAUCAAGAUCGUUAAUAGUACUGCAUACAGUAUGUAGCAAAUGCUUUUUUUAAAUUUGAUGCAUAGCACCUCAAUCUACUGGCUUGCACCUCACAAACCUGCUCAUUGAUGAUUGAUUUAGCAGACUGCAAAUCCUCCAGGAAGGAAAAUAUUAGCAGCAGGUUAGAUCUGCAAAUGUAGAUAUGUCUGUCGCCACCUACAGACAAAGAUGGUAAUAGCUGCUGCACUUUUGCCACCUGUAGGAAAUAAAUGUUACAACUCAAUUUUUUUUUCUUGACAGCAGCUGUUUUCUCUGGGUUUUUUUAAUAUAUUUUUUAAUAUAACCCUAUUUCAAUUGUUAGCUAAAAACAAAAGGAACAUAAAUGUUUCACAGUAACCGCUGGUAACAGUAACCUCCUGUAUGGCCGCAAAUUAAGCAUGAAAGUAUUAAUUGACCUGUCCAGCGUGAACAUUUUACCAAUAAACAACAGAUGUCAUGAGAAAUAAAAUCACCAAGUCUGAUGAAGGUUUGCAGGUUCAAAAUGUUAAAAAGUAAAUGUCACACACAGCAUAUUUUUAAAAAUACAGCUGUUACACUCUACUUUACCUGCAGAAUGUGCAAAUUAAAGUCUACAUCUGAUUGUCUAAACUGCUGUUUUCAGGUUCUGGUCUGAAACUAUUGGCGCUGACUUUGAGCGCUUCGCAUCAAUGACACUAUGUCCUUGUUUGAUAAGUCUGUAUUGUAAAAGUUUAAAAAAAUGUUGUUUUGCUUUAUUUUCUCUUUUUAUAUAAAUGUGUUUUUGUAUUGUCCUAACCAUGUACAGGAUACAUGCAACUGCAGUACCAUAGUACAGUCAUACCUGUACCUUGUAUCAUGCAUAUGAAAUAAAUUGGGAUUUAACAUGUGG